AUGAGACAAAGAGUGAUACUUUUUCUCUAUUACAUUGUAUUUUGCCCCUUCUCUUCGUCCGUUCUUUUUUUUACUCCUCUCUUUCUACCUUUCUCCUUUUACCCUCCUCUCCCCCUCUCCCUCACACUCACUCACCUCUCUCUCUCUCUCUCUCUCUCUACCACUUUCUUCCUCAUUUUUCAUCUUUUCUCCUUUUCUUUUUCGCUCUCUACGCUUUUCCUUUCUACAUAUUUAUUUUUUUCUCCAAUUUUCCGAUAUUUACCUUUCUUCUUCAUUAUUUUCUUUUUACUUCCACACUCCUUCUUUUUGUCAUCUUCCUUUCAUUAUCUCUUUCAAUUUCAUCAUACCCACGUCCUAAUCUCUCCCGUCAGGUUUAUUUAUCUAUCUUUCUCUCUCUCUCUAUCUAUCUAUCUAUCUAUCUAUCUAUUCUCUCCGUCUUGCUAUCUAAGAAAUCCUGUUUGUCACUGGAUUCCAUUGACGUCAUACAAUUACUGCUCUCUCUCUCGCUCUCGCUCUCUCUCUCUCUCUCUCUCUCUCUCUCUCUCUCUCUCUCUCUCUUAUAACACUUCCUUUUUUAUCAAUUUUGUAAAUAACAUGAACUGGUCGCUAUAA